AAUGACGUAGCACGCUGCUUGCCGUGUUUGGUUGCGGUCGAAGCGAAGACGCUCGGAAAGGAUCAAGGAAACCUCUAAGCAUCGUAGAUAAACACCCGCGAACAGGUGUGGAGCCAGCGGGUACAGCUGUCACAAGACCCGAGGGAAGCCUUCGUACAGCGAGGGUCAACAUGUCUGAGACAUACGACUUCCUGUUUAAGUUCCUGGUGAUUGGCAGCGCCGGGGCGGGAAAAUCCUGCCUCCUCCACCAAUUCAUUGAGAACAAGUUUAAACAGGACUCCAACCACACCAUCGGCGUGGAGUUUGGAUCCCGAGUCGUCAAUGUUGGUGGAAAGACGGUCAAACUGCAGAUCUGGGACACUGCUGGGCAGGAGCGAUUCCGCUCUGUUACACGCAGCUACUACAGAGGAGCAGCAGGAGCGCUCCUCGUCUAUGAUAUCACCAGUCGGGAGACGUACAACGCCCUAACCAACUGGCUGACCGAUGCGCGGACUCUGGCGAGCCCCAACAUUGUUAUUAUUCUGUGUGGCAACAAGAAGGACCUGGAUGCCGACAGAGAGGUGACCUUCCUGGAAGCGUCGCGCUUUGCUCAGGAGAACGAGCUGAUGUUCCUGGAGACCAGUGCUCUGACAGGAGAGAAUGUCGAGGAGGGUUUCCUGAAGUGCGCUCGCACCAUCCUCGGCAAGAUAGAUUCAGGAGAGUUGGACCCGGAGAGGAUGGGUUCAGGUAUCCAGUACGGAGACGCUUCGUUGAGGCAGCUGCGACAGCCAAGAGGCACCGCCGCACAGAAUAAGCAGCAGUGUAAUUGCUAGGGAAUCGGGGCCCCGCCCUCACUUCAGCCCACGGGCCCACACAGACAGGGCGCCCCCUACAGCCCCAGGUGUUGUUUGGUGUGUGGGACCCUUCUCUCUGCAGCCUCACACACCUUGGAUCACCUGGACGAGUGGUCACGGAGAUCACUGCGACCCCUGACACUUUGCCCCUGUGUCUGGGCAGGGAGACCCCUCAGUGUGAACACGCUGGGAUCAUAACGUAAAGUCUCCGUGACGUACCAGACCAGGCAGAGUCACGGGUUGUGUGUGUAUGGGCUCCCCUACUGUUGUUUUAUCUCUGUGCUUCUCACUCUGGUUUUAGUGUCACCUCCACACUUUCUACGUUUGCACAUCAUUGUUUGUAAAUUAUUAUUGGUAAGCUAUUUUUCUGCAUAUUCCCUUGUUCAAGCUAUUUGAAUAUGAUUCAAGAUGAGUUUGGUCAGCGUUUUUUGAGUUGUAAUAUUCAUAAAGGCACUCGUUGAUGUUUUGCUUUUUAUUAUCCAUUAUUUGAGUUCACUGUACUUUUGCGUAAUUUCAGACCUCGAUGGUGACGAAGCGAUGAACGGUUUUUAGAAGUCAACCUGUCCACAUUUUGGUUAAGUAUUCAUCCAGAAUAUAUUGAAAACCUGACACGAUGUAAACGUUUGUCACGGUUUCUUCAGUAAUUUGUCCGGAUCCGAAUGGAAGCAGCUGAUUGGUGAGUUUAUCCGAAGUGAAGAUUCUUUUUAAAGUCACACAGGCCCAAAUGUAGAGCCCAGUUCUUCUACCCACUCUAAAAUGUGUGUUAUGUUGAGGCAUUUGACUAUUUGCUUUUCAUUAAAAUGCACCAAUAUGACAUCAAGUGCUGGCCUUAGUAAUAUACUUGAUUGUGGAUCUACAGGAUAUUAUUCCUCGUCAGCGUGUCUCUGAACUGUCGGAGGGAAUAGUCCAAUCACGUCACUGUACAUCCACACAGGUGUGAAGCACAAAACAGAUUUUUCUCUGUUUUUUACUCCAAAAUAUCCCAAAGUCUGUAGAUUUGCAUAAUCAGAUUUAGUCCCAGUGUCGCCCCGGAGAGAAACAGGGAGUUUCCACUGUAACAUGGUUUCCUUUUUUUCGAUGCAGCACUGAUGACACGGUUUCGCGGCGCUGCCGACAGGAGAAAUGAGGUUGCGAGUUAAUAACAAAACAUCCUGCCUUGCUGUUGAGUCAAAGGCCCUGCUGCUGUCUGAACCACUGAGAGCAGGUCGUACUGACCCAGCCGAGAGGAGAUCUUAUUUCCCAGGUCUUCUCCCCGAGUGCUAGCACAUGUCCUCCCAGACGAACCGUAUGCAUUUUAAGCUCAAGUGAGCCAACACACUGAAGGGAAAAAGACCGAGUCGUGCAAACAUCAGAUCCUAUAGAAUAUCAUCAGACAGAUGGUCAAAGAUUAUCUUUUUUUAGUUUUCAUAAAAUACUGGCGUUGUGUGAUCAUUGUCUCCUUCUGCAAGUGCACUUUUACUUUUUGAAUUUUCAUUUAUAUGCUGCAACUAUAGAAUUGUACAUUUUAUUUUACUUGAACAGUAUACUGUAAUAAAGAUUUUAAAUUGUA